AUCCUGUCGCGGCUCGGAGGGAUGGAAAAUGGCGGCCUAGGCGCGGAGUUUCCUGCGCGAGCGGCUGCGGCUCCCGGCGGCGCGGGGCGCGCGGCACCAUGACGCGCUGGGUGCCCACCAAGCGGGAGGAGAAAUACGGCGUGGCGUUUUAUAACUACGACGCCAGAGGAGCCGAUGAGCUUUCUUUGCAGAUCGGAGACACGGUGCACAUCCUAGAGACCUAUGAAGGGUGGUACCGAGGCUACACCUUGAGGAAGAAGUCCAAGAAGGGUAUAUUUCCUGCUUCAUAUAUUCAUCUUAAAGAAGCAAUAGUUGAAGGAAAAGGGCAACAUGAGACGGUCAUCCCGGGUGACCUCCCGCUCAUUCAGGAGGUCACCACGACGCUUCGCGAGUGGUCCACCAUCUGGAGGCAGCUCUAUGUGCAAGAUAACAGGGAGAUGUUCCGCAGCGUUCGGCACAUGAUCUAUGACCUUAUUGAGUGGCGAUCACAGAUUCUUUCUGGAACUCUGCCCCAGGAUGAGCUCAAAGAACUGAAGAAGAAAGUCACCGCCAAAAUUGAUUAUGGAAACAGAAUUCUUGAUUUGGACCUGGUGGUUAGAGAUGAAGAUGGGAACAUUUUAGAUCCAGAACUAACUAGCACAAUUAGUCUCUUCCGAGCUCAUGAAAUAGCCUCUAAACAAGUGGAGGAAAGAUUACAAGAAGAAAAAUCUCAGAAACAGAACAUGGAUAUCAACAGACAAGCUAAGUUUGCUGCCACCCCUUCUCUGGCCUUGUUUGUCAACCUCAAAAAUGUGGUUUGUAAAAUAGGAGAAGACGCUGAAGUGCUCAUGUCUCUCUACGACCCUGUGGAGUCCCAGUUCAUCAGUGAGAACUACCUGGUUCGCUGGUCAAGUUCAGGAUUACCUAAAGACAUAGACAGAUUGCACAAUCUGCGAGCUGUGUUCACUGACCUUGGAAGCAAAGACCUGAAAAGGGAGAAAAUCAGUUUCGUCUGUCAGAUCGUCCGCGUGGGUCGCAUGGAGCUGAGGGACAGCAACACAAGGAAGCUGACCUCGGGGCUGCGGCGACCUUUUGGAGUGGCGGUGAUGGAUGUAACCGAUAUAAUAAAUGGAAAAGUAGACGAUGAAGAUAAACAGCAUUUCAUUCCCUUUCAGCCGCUCGCGUUGGACGACGCCACCCGACACAAGCCGCUGAACAUGUCAUCCCGUUUUUCACCCAGGGUGGCAGGGGAGAACGACUUCCUGCAGACUGUCAUAAACAAAGUCAUCGCUGCCAAAGAGGUCAACCACAAGGGCCAGGGUUUGUGGGUAACGUUGAAAUUACUUCCUGGAGAUGUCCAUCAGAUUCGAAAAGAGUUUCCUCAUCUGGUGGACAGAACCACAGCUGUGGCUCGCAAAACAGGGUUUCCAGAGAUAAUCAUGCCUGGUGAUGUUCGGAAUGAUAUCUAUGUGACCUUGGUUCAAGGGGAUUUUGAUAAAGGGAGCAAGACGACGGCCAAGAACGUGGAGGUGACCGUGUCCGUCUACGAUGAAGACGGGAAGCGCCUGGAGCAUGUGAUUUUCCCGGGUGCUGGUGACGAGGCGAUUUCAGAGUACAAAUCUGUGAUUUACUACCAAGUGAAGCAGCCACGCUGGUUUGAGACCAUGAAGGUGGCCAUUCCCAUCGAGGACGUGAACCGCAGCCACCUCCGGUUUACCUUCCGCCACCGGUCGUCGCAGGACUCUAAGGAUAAAUCGGAGAAGAUAUUUGCACUGGCAUUCGUGAAGCUGAUGAGGUACGACGGGACCACCUUGAGAGAUGGGGAACACGAUCUGAUCGUCUACAAGGCCGAGGCCAAGAAACUGGAAGAUGCGGCGACAUACUUGAGCCUGCCCUCCACGAAAGCAGAGCUGGAGGAGAAGGGCCACUCGGCCACGGGGAAGAGCAUGCAGAGUCUGGGGAGUUGCACCAUCAGCAAGGACUCCUUCCAGAUCUCCACGCUGGUGUGCUCCACCAAGCUGACCCAGAAUGUGGGCCUCCUGGGCUUGCUGAAGUGGCGCUCCAACACCAGCCUGCUGCAGCAGAAUCUCCGGCAGCUCAUGAAGGUGGACGGCGGUGAAGUGGUGAAGUUCCUGCAGGACACCCUGGAUGCCCUCUUCAACAUCAUGAUGGAGAACUCGGAGAGUGAGACUUUCGACACCCUGGUGUUUGAUGCUCUGGUUUUUAUCAUUGGACUAAUUGCUGAUAGAAAGUUCCAGCAUUUUAACCCUGUUUUGGAGACCUACAUUAAGAAACACUUCAGCGCGACGCUGGCCUACACGAAGCUGACAAAGGUUUUGCGGAACUACGUGGACAGUGCCGAGAAGCCAGGAGUGAAUGACCAGCUGUACAAAGCCAUGAAAGCGCUCGAGUACAUCUUCAAGUUCAUCGUGCGCUCCCGGGUCCUGUUCAACCAACUCUAUGAAGACAAGGGCGAGGCCGACUUCGUGGAGUCCCUGCUGCAGCUCUUCCGCUCCAUCAACGACAUGAUGAGCAGCACGGCCGACCAGACGGUCAGGGUGAAGGGGGCGGCCCUGAAGUACUUGCCGACCAUCGUCAACGACGUGAAGCUGGUGUUCGACCCCAAGGAGCUCAGUAAAAUGUUCACCGAGUUCAUCCUCAACAUCCCCAUGGGUUUGCUGACCAUUCAGAAGCUCUACUGCUUGAUUGAGAUUGUUCACAGUGACCUCUUCACCCAGCACGACUGCAGAGAAAUCCUGCUUCCCAUGAUGACGGAUCAGCUCAAGUACCACCUGGAGAGGCAGGAGGACCUGGAGGCCUGCUGCCAGCUGCUCAGCAACAUCCUGGAGGUGCUGUACAGGAAGGACGUGGGGCCAACGCAGAGACAUGUGCAGAUAAUCAUGGAGAAACUCCUCCGGACAGUGAACCGGACCGUGAUUUCCAUGGGGCGGGACUCGGAGCUCAUUGGGAACUUCGUGGCGUGCAUGACAGCUAUUUUACGACAAAUGGAAGAUUAUCAUUAUGCUCACCUGAUCAAGACUUUCGGGAAGAUGAGGACUGAUGUUGUGGAUUUUCUGAUGGAAACCUUCAUCAUGUUUAAGAACCUCAUUGGGAAGAACGUGUACCCCUUCGACUGGGUGAUAAUGAACAUGAUGCAGAACAAAGUCUUCCUGCGAGCGAUUAAUCAGUAUGCAGAUAUGCUGAACAAGAAAUUUCUGGACCAAGCCAACUUUGAGCUACAGCUAUGGAACAACUACUUUCACCUGGCUGUGGCUUUCCUCACCCAAGAGUCCUUGCAACUGGAGAAUUUCUCAAGUGCUAAGAGAGCCAAAAUCCUGAACAAGUAUGGAGACAUGAGGAGGCAGAUCGGCUUUGAAAUCAGAGACAUGUGGUACAACCUUGGUCAACAUAAGAUAAAGUUCAUUCCAGAAAUGGUUGGCCCAAUAUUAGAAAUGACACUCAUUCCUGAGACGGAACUGCGCAAAGCCACCAUCCCCAUCUUCUUUGAUAUGAUGCAGUGUGAAUUCCAUUCGACUCGAAGCUUCCAAAUGUUUGAAAAUGAGAUCAUCACCAAGCUGGAUCACGAAGUGGAGGGAGGCCGCGGAGACGAGCAGUACAAAGUGCUGUUCGAUAAAAUCCUCCUGGAGCACUGCAGGAAGCACAAGUACCUCGCCAAGACCGGGGAGACCUUCGUGAGGCUGGUGGUGCGUCUGAUGGAGAGGCUGCUGGACUACAGGACCAUCAUGCAUGACGAGAACAAGGAGAACCGCAUGAGCUGCACCGUCAAUGUGCUGAAUUUCUACAAAGAAAUUGAAAGAGAAGAAAUGUAUCUAAGGUACUUGUACAAGCUCUGUGACCUGCACAAAGAGUGUGAUAACUACACUGAAGCGGCUUACACCUUGCUGCUCCAUGCGAAGCUACUUAAGUGGUCGGAGGACGUGUGCGUGGCCCACCUGACGCAGCGGGACGGCUACCAGGCCACCACACAGGGACAGCUGAAGGAGCAGCUCUACCAAGAAAUCAUCCACUACUUCGACAAAGGCAAGAUGUGGGAGGAGGCCAUUGCCUUGGGCAAGGAACUCGCGGAGCAGUAUGAGAACGAAAUGUUUGAUUACGAGCAACUCAGUGAAUUGCUGAAAAAGCAGGCUCAGUUUUAUGAAAACAUCGUCAAAGUGAUCAGACCCAAGCCCGACUAUUUCGCUGUUGGCUACUAUGGACAGGGGUUCCCCACCUUCCUUCGGGGAAAAGUUUUCAUUUACCGGGGGAAAGAGUAUGAACGCAGGGAAGACUUUGAAGCCCGACUACUAACUCAGUUUCCAAACGCAGAGAAAAUGAAGACCACGUCUCCACCAGGCGACGACAUCAAAAACUCCGCUGGCCAGUAUAUCCAGUGCUUCACGGUGAAGCCCAAACUCGAUCUGCCCCCUAAGUUCCACCGUCCGGUAUCCGAGCAGAUUGUAAGCUUUUACAGGGCGAACGAGGUCCAGAGAUUCGAAUAUUCCAGGCCGAUUCGGAAAGGAGAGAAAAACCCAGAUAAUGAAUUUGCGAAUAUGUGGAUCGAGAGGACUAUAUACACCACAGCAUAUAAAUUGCCUGGCAUUUUAAGGUGGUUUGAAGUCAAAUCUGUUUUCAUGGUGGAGAUCAGCCCACUGGAGAAUGCCAUUGAGACCAUGCAGCUAACGAAUGACAAGAUCAGCAGCAUGGUGCAGCAGCACCUGGACGACCCCAGCCUGCCCGUCAACCCCCUGUCUAUGCUCCUGAAUGGCAUCGUGGACCCUGCUGUCAUGGGGGGCUUCACCAAUUACGAGAAGGCCUUCUUCACAGAUCGCUACCUGCAAGAGCACCCCGAGUCCCUGGCUCAGAUCGAGAAGCUGAAGGACCUGAUUGCCUGGCAGAUUCCAUUUUUGGCCGAAGGGAUCAGGAUUCAUGGAGACAAAGUCACAGAGGCACUGAGGCCGUUUCAUGAGAGAAUGGAAGCCUGUUUCAAGCAGCUGAAAGAAAAAGUGGAAAAGCAGUAUGGCGUCCGCACCAUGCCCUCAAGUCUGGACGACAGAAGAGGCAGCCGUCCCCGGUCCAUGGUGCGGUCCUUCACCAUGCCCUCCUCCUCCCGGCCCCUGUCUGUGGCGUCUGUCUCUUCGCUCUCUUCCGACAGCACCCCUUCCAGGCCGGGCUCCGACGGGUUUGCCCUGGAGCCUCUGCUGCCAAAGAAAAUGCACUCCAGGUCCCAGGACAAGCUGGACAAGGACGACCCAGAGAAGGAGAAGAAGGACAAAAAGAAGGAAAAGCGGAACAGCAAGCACCAGGAGACAUUCGACAAGGAAUUCAGACCCACCGACAUCGCCCUGCAGCAGUCGGAGGCCGUGAUCCUCUCGGAAACGAUAAGUCCCCUGCGACCACAGAGACCGAAGAGCCAGGUGAUUAGCAUCAUUGGAAGUGAAAGGCGCUUCUCAGUGUCCCCCACGUCACCGUCGUCCCAGCAAACACCCCCUCCAGUCACACCAAGGGCCAAGCUCAGCUUCAGUGUUCAGUCCAGUCUGGAGCUGAACGGCAUGACCGGGGUGGAUGUGGCUGAUGUCCCGCCCCCUCUGCCUCUCAAGGGCAGCAUGGCAGACUAUGGGAAUCUGAUGGAAAACCAGGACCUGAUGGGCUCGUCAACACCUCCGCCGCCUCCUCCACACCAGAGGCAUCUGCCACCUCCGCUGCCCAGCAAAACCCCCCCGCCUCCCCCGCCCAAGACGACCCGCAAGCAGACGUCGGUGGACUCAGGGAUUGUGCAGUGAGAGCCGCGAGGC